UGCCAGAAACUUUCCUGAGCUGCCGCUGGAAAGACGGCAACAACAACGCCUCUGACCCGGAUGCGAAAGGCAGCGUCUUCCGGGGCACUCUUGGUGGGCUGUCCUGUGGUUUUCCUGCUUUCGCCCGGUUCCGGGGUCGGGGGGCAGGAGAAAAGAAAGGAUAGGGGGUGACGCGGCCGCCGCCGACGUCAUGGCAGUCCCGAUGGAGACCCAGCUGCAGAGCAUCUUUGAGGAGGUGGUGAAAACAGAGGUCAUAGAGGAGGCUUUUCCUGGCAUGUUUAUGGACACUCCUGAAGAUGAGAGAACCAAAUUGAUCAGUUGUUUGGGAGCCUUUAGACAGUUCUGGAGCAAUCUGUCUCAAGAAUCUCAUGAGCAAUGUGUCCAGUGGAUUGUAAGGUUCAUACAUAGCCAGCAUAGUCCUAAAAGGAUUUCUUUUCUGUAUGACUGUUUAGCAAUGGCUGUGGAGACUGGGCUGCUACCACCCAGGAUGGUUUGUGAAUCUCUGCUAAAUUCUGACAACCUUGAAUGGGAAAGGACACAGCUUUGGUCUCUAACAUUUAAGCUUGUCCAAAAAAUAAUUGGUGGUGUAGAUUACAAGGGUGUGCGAGAUCUUUUGAAGGGUAUCCUAGAGAAAAUCCUAACUAUUCCCAAUACAGUGAGCUCUGCUGUUGUGCAGCAACUUUUAGCAGCAAGAGAGGUUGUUGCCUAUAUUUUGGAAAGAAACGCAUGUUUAUUACCUGCCUACUUUGCAGUUACAGAGAUCCGAAAGUUGUACCCUGAAGGAAAACUUCCACAUUGGUUGUUAGGCAACCUAGUAUCAGACUUUGUGGAUUCCUUCAGACCGACAGCAAGAAUAAAUUCCAUUUGUGGACGAUGUAGUCUUCUUCCUGUAGUAAAUAACUCUGGUGCUAUUUGCAAUUCAUGGAAGCUGGAUCCUACCACUCUUCGUUUCCCACUGAAAGGUCUUCUGCCUUAUGAUAAGGAUCUGUUUGAGCCCCAGACGGCUUUGUUGCGGUAUGUGCUGGAACAGCCCUAUUCCAGAGAUAUGGUCUGCAAUAUGCUAGGUCUAAACAAGCAGACCUUGAACAUUGCUCAGCACAAACAGCGAUGCCCUGUGCUGGAGGACCAGUUGGUGGAUCUUGUGGUGUAUGCCAUGGAGCGUUCAGAGACUGAGGAGAAAUUUGAUGAUGGGGGAACCAGCCAGUUGUUGUGGCAGCACCUUUCCAGCCAGCUUAUCUUCUUUGUACUUUUUCAAUUUGCAAGCUUCCCUCACAUGGUCCUGUCUCUCCAUCAAAAGUUGGCAGGACGAGGCCUAAUCAAAGGCAGAGACCAUCUGAUGUGGGUAUUAUUACAGUUCAUUUCUGGAAGUAUCCAGAAAAAUGCAUUAGCGGACUUCUUGCCUGUCAUGAAGCUUUUUGACCUCCUCUACCCUGAGAAGGAAUGUAUUCCUGUGCCUGAUAUCAACAAGCCUCAAUCAACGCAUGCUUUUGCAAUGACCUGUAUCUGGAUACAUCUGAACAGAAAGGCUCACAGUGACAAUUCUAAGCUACAGAUUCCAAUUCCUCACUCUCUCAAGCUUCACCAUGAAUUCUUGCAGCAGAGUCUGAGAAAUAAAAGCUUGCAGAUGAAUGACUACAAGAUUGCCCUCUUGUGUAAUGCUUAUUCUACCAAUUCAGAAUGCUUUACAUUACCUAUGGGUGUUCUAGUAGAAACUAUUUAUGGGAAUGGCAACAUGAGGAUACCUCUCCCAGGAACCAAUUGUAUGGCUUCAGGGUCCAUCACACCACUGCCCAUGAACCUCUUGGAUUCACUUACGGUUCAUGCCAAGAUGAGCCUCAUUCACAGCAUAGCUACCAGAGUGAUCAAACUGGCCCAUGCAAAAUCUAGCUUAGCCUUGGCUCCAGCCCUUGUGGAAACAUACAGUCGCUUGCUGGUUUAUAUGGAAAUAGAAUCCUUGGGCAUCAAAGGUUUUAUAAGUCAACUGCUACCUACAGUUUUUAAGUCUCACGCUUGGGGAAUCUUGCAUACUCUGUUAGAGAUGUUCAGCUAUCGCAUGCACCAUAUCCAACCGCACUACAGAGUUCAGCUGCUAAGUAACCUUCAUUCCUUAGCUGCUGUGCCACAGACAAAUCAGAAUCAGCUUCAUCUGUGUGUUGAAAGCACCGCUUUGCGGCUAAUUACUGCUUUGGGUAGCUCUGAGGUCCAGCCACAAUUCACACGCUUCCUUAAUGAGCCCAAAACAGUCCUUUCAGCAGAAUCAGAGGAACUUAACAGAGCACUUAUUUUGACUCUGGCAAGAGCAACACAUGUCACAGAUUUUUUCACAGGAUCAGACUCCAUUCAGGGCACAUGGUGCAAGGAUAUACUCCAGACUAUCAUGAGCUUUACUCCCCAUAACUGGGCUUCACACACCUUGAGCUGUUUUCCGGCUCCACUUCAGGCAUUCUUCAAACAAAACAAUGUACCUCAAGAGAGUCGCUUUAACCUGAAGAAGAAUGUGGAAGAGGAGUAUCGAAAGUGGAAGUCCAUGAUCAAUGAGAAUGAUAUCAUCACCCACUUUUCCAUGCAGGGCUCGCCUCCCCUCUUUCUUUGUCUCCUCUGGAAGAUGCUUCUAGAGACUGAUCACAUUAACCAAAUUGGUUAUAGGGUGUUAGAAAGAAUUGGGGCCAGAGCUCUGGUUGCUCAUGUUAGGACAUUUGCUGAUUUCUUGGUCUAUGAAUUUUCCACAUCAGCCGGGGGCCAACAACUCAACAAGUGUAUUGAGAUUCUCAAUGACAUGGUGUGGAAAUACAACAUUGUGACACUGGAUCGGCUCAUUUUAUGUUUGGCAAUGCGUAGUCAUGAAGGAAAUGAAGCCCAGGUGUGUUAUUUCAUCAUCCAGUUGCUCUUACUUAAACCUAAUGAUUUUCGAAACAGAGUAAGUGAUUUUGUGAAGGACAACUCCCCAGAGCAUUGGCUACAGAAUGACUGGCAUACUAAACACAUGAACUAUCACAAGAAGUAUCCUGAAAAGUUAUAUUUUGAAGGGCUAGCAGAGCAAGUCAAUCCUCCUGUUCAAAUCCAGCCCCAGUACUUGCCUAUAUACUUUGGGAAUGUGUGCCUCCGUUUCCUGCCAGUAUUUGAUAUUGUGAUUCACAGAUUUCUGGAACUCCUUCCAGUAUCCAAGUCACUGGAGACUUUACUAGAUCAUCUAGGAGGCUUAUACAAGUUCCAUGAUCGUCCAGUAACCUAUCUGUACAACACUCUUCACUACUAUGAGGGGCAUCUCCGAGACCGGACAAACCUCAAACGAAAGCUCGUCCAUGCUAUCAUUGGCUCCCUUAAAGAUAAUCGGCCACAAGGGUGGUGUUUAAGUGAUACUUAUAUCAAAUGUGGUAUGAAUGCACGAGAAGAUAACUUGUGGAUCCCAGAUGAUAUUUAUUAUUGCAAAUUGAUUGCAAGACUGGUUGAUACGAUGGCUGGCAAAUCAUCUAGUCCAUUCCCAAACUGUGACUGGAGGUUCAAUGAAUUUCCUAACCCAGCUGCCCAUGCACUCCAUGUUACCUGUGUUGAACUAAUGGCGUUGGCUGUGCCAGGAAAGGAUGUGGGCAACGCCCUCCUGAAUGUUGUGCUGAAGAGUCAGCCGUUGGUGCCCAGAGACAAUAUCACAGCAUGGAUGAAUGCAAUUGGACUGAUUAUCACUGCCUUACCUGAGCCCUACUGGAUUGUUCUCCAUGAAAGGAUUGUGAGCGUUAUCAACAGUCCCAGCUUGACUUCGGAGACUGAAUGGGUUGGUUACCCAUUCCAAUUGUUUGACUUCACAGCUUGUCAUCAGUCUUACUCUGAGAUGUGCUGUAGCUACACAUUGGCAUUGGCACAUGCUGUUUGGCACCAUUCAAGCAUUGGACAACUUUCCCUCAUUCCAAAGUUUCUCACUGAAGUACUGAUACCAGUAGUGAAGACUGAAUUCCAGCUACUCUAUGUGUAUCAUCUUGUUGGUCCAUUCUUACAGCGAUUCCAGCAAGAGAGGACAAGAUGCAUGCUAGAGAUUGGAGUAGCUUUUUAUGAAAUGCUUCUGGAGGUGGACCAGUGCAACACACAUCUCAACUACAUGGAUCCCAUAUGUGAUUUUCUCUAUCACGUGAAGUACAUGUUUACUGGGGACAGUGUGAAAGACCAAGUUGAAAAAAUUAUUUGCAACUUGAGGCCUGCUUUGAAACUUCGUUUGCGUUUCAUACAUAUCAGCAAAAUGGAGUCUGCAACUGUUCCUCAGCAGCCUAUGAGCAACGUGUCUCCAGCACCUCAGCCUAAUCAGGUCCCGGUGAGCGUUGCUUUGCCAGUGUCACAAUAGAGUGAGGCACUAAACUGGUGUGUCUGCCAAGGACAUCUCAUGUUAACCAAGUCAAAACCCCACACAGCAUGAAUUUCAUUUGAAGAGAGCUGUGUGCUAGACAGUUUCCAUUACAGUCAUUCUUCCAAUGUAUCCCUGAACCUACAUACACCUUUUCUUAAUCAAAGGAACUCUUAAGUACAGUCAGCAAUGUGGAUGCACAAAUAUUCAGCUGUUUUAAACAACAACACUGCCCAUUGUUGCCCUUGUGUUCCUUAUUCAUGUUUCAUUUUUCUUGUCAGUGAUGACUCUUCUGUUUUUGAUACCAUAGAUAUGUUUGUGUUGGAAAUAUUUAAUAUGUUGUGCUUUUCCCCCGCUGUUGGUUUUGGAAUAUGACAGUGGUCUGUCAAAUGUAAAGGUGGUGAUCCUCCUGUUAUUCAAGUUAAACUUAAGACACUUAAAUCCCAGUGUAACUAGUGGCUAGUUGGAAUUCUAUGAAAACUAGAGUAUUGGUGCUAAAGGCAGAUGCAAACAACUUCUGACCAUGGAGCCAGAAUUUGCUGAUGCUGCUUGGUACCUUAUUUCACCAGCAAUCCUGCCAGAGUCAGGAAUACAAUAUGGUGAUGAAAGUACUGUCUGUCCAAAUCAUGGAUGAACAGCUUCUUUUAUUCACUUUACAAUCUGUAUUUAUGUGAUUUUUUUUUAGUUGGCCACCUGUGUUGAAUUUGUGUAAUAACUGCAUUUUAUUUUGGACUUGUAUUAUACUACUUUUUUUUAAGGUUUUAUUUUUGUUUGCUGGGAGCAUGUUUUUUGUGGGAGAAGGACUGAUUUAAAAAAAAACAUAUGUUUUGACAGCUACUAAAAAUGUUAAGAUUUGUAAAAUAUUGCUCAUAUUUGAUAGCCAUGAAAAAAGUGUUUAAUAAAAAUAGUUUUUAUAACAACGG